AUGCUUUCGUCAAUUACGGCUGUCAUUCUGGCAGUUAUACUGGGUGUCCACGGGCACGCCGUUGUGGAGGAUCCGCCUCCUCGGAAGACAGGACCUGCCCAUGAGGCAGCAUGUGGAUUAGCCGUAGUAGACGUGCUAGAGACAGAUAUCGCCGGGCCUAUAGAGAACGCAGUGGCAGAGGCUGACGAGGACUACAACUGCAAUGCCUACCUUUGUCGGGGGUAUCAGUUCGAGGACAAUAGCGACAACGUCAAGGUCGUCAAGGGUGGCGACGUGCUUGACUUCCACAUUAACUUGAUUGCAGGUCACCAUCCUGGAUACGCGAACGUAUCGAUCGUUGAAACCGCGACAAACGAGAUCAUUGAGUCUCUGCGAACAUGGGAUAACUGGCCCGAUCAUCUCUCUGGUCCGCCGCGCGAUGACAUUGACUACAAUGUGACUAUUCCAGUCUCGCUAGGAUCGCCAUGCGAUGUGGCAGGGAACUGCGUGAUACAGUGGUAUUGGUAUGCAAGCGGGAAUGAACAGACAUACGAAAGCUGUCAGGACUUCUAUGUUGAGGUCUAA